AAAUGACUUUACGUGUCCCCUCCAACCACAUCUUACCACGUGUCACAAACCCAAAACACCCCCUUCAAACCUCUCCUUCUCGAUUCGACAUUUUCAACUCUCUCUCACGCAAAAAUUGUCCAAACUUAACAUAAACAUAGUAUCAGAUACCAAGCAACCUUAAAGACAAACAAACAACAAAACACACAGAUAUUAUUCACCAUGAUUCAAAUCGAAACCCAGAAGAAGCUAUUGAUCCUUGUAAUAACAUAUGGGUUGUUAUCGUGUACAACGGAAUCAAUUCGGUUCGAGCUGCAAUCGAGUCACUCAAAGUGCAUCGCCGAAGAGUUAAAGGUCAAUUCCAUGACUGUUGGCAAGUACAGCGUUAUCAACCCCAACGAAGACAUACCCUUACCCGAUUUUCACAAAGUCACCGUUCGGGUGACUUCGUCGAAUGGGAAUACUUAUCAUCAUGGGGAGAAAGUGCCGUCGGGGAAAUUCGCGUUUAUGACAGUGGAGGCGGGAGAUUACAUGGCGUGUUUCUCGGCGCCGGAUCAUCAGCCUCCCAUCACUUCCACCAUUGAUUUCGAAUGGAAGACUGGUGUGGCUGCUAAGGAUUGGUCUAGUGUUGCCAAGAAAGGCCAAGUUGAUCUCAUGGAACUUGAACUGAAGAAGAUGUAUGAUACUGUUAUUUCCAUUCAGGAGGAAAUGUUUUAUCUCCGUGAAAGAGAAGAAGAAAUGCAGGUGCUCAACAAAACAACUAACAACAGGAUGGCCUGGUUGAGUUUUCUUUCCCUUAUUGUUUGUUUAUCAGUAGCAGGCUUGCAAGUAUGGCACCUGAAGACCUUUUUUGAGAAAAAGAAGCUCAUAUAAUUUUUUCUGGACAAGUUCCAUAGUUUUCUCAAGGUUAAGUGAUAGUUUAGUGGCAAUAGCAUCUUUUGUAAUACCCCGUGUAUGUGGUUCAAACUUCAAACCCCAUCUCCUCUUGUCCGCUAUCUGCCUUUCAAAAAAAUUUACAGUUUCCCAUCUAUGAUUCUGUAGCAUAUUUCAGAAACCAUGUACUUCAAAAUAGAAUAAUUCUCAUGUCACAUUUUUAGAUCAAGCGGGGCUUUCUAUAACAGUGUGCAGAAUCUCCUCGUGGGUAUAGGUAUCUCAUAUCAAUGUAGGACGAUGUAGGGGCAAUAAAGUUUAGUUAUCUGCUAUUCAAUUUCUGUCGAAUUGGA